CAGCUGACGCUCGGCUGAGGAUCCAGAGGAGAAGAAAGAGAAACCGCACCGCGCGCAGACGCUCGGGUCCAGCGCUAAAGAAAGGCAUCAUGAUUCCUGUAAUGGAAUUCCGACAGUUCACUGAACAGCAGCCAGCGUUCAGAGUCCUGAAGCCUUGGUGGGACGUGUUCACGGACUACCUGUCUGUAAUCAUGCUCAUGAUUGGUGUCUUUGGAUGCACCCUGCAGGUGAUGCAAGACAAGAUCAUAUGCCUUCCACAAAGAAUACCCGGAAACGUCAGUGAAGUGGAAAUGAGUUCACUCUUACAUCUGGAAUCCAAUACCUCAGCUGUGCUGAAAGAAAUGUCAGGGCGGAAAACUAAUUUGGAUCUACAACAGUACACUUUUAUCAAUCAGAUGUGUUAUGAGAAGGCUCUACAUUGGUAUGCCAAGUACUUUCCUUACUUGGUUCUAAUACACACUCUAGUUUUCAUGGUAUGCAGCAACUUUUGGUUUAAAUUCCCUGGCUCAAGUUCCAAAAUAGAGCAUUUUAUCUCAAUGCUUAGCAAGUGCUUUGAUUCUCCCUGGACCACUCGUGCUUUGUCUGAGGUGUCUGGAGAAAACCCAGAAGAAAAGGACCAGAAAAAGAGCAGUACAUCUCGAUCCAGCACUGGUGUGUCUCCUGAAGAAGGGAGUCUUGAGAAGACACAGUCCCUCCGUUCUAUCCCAGAAAAGAUAGUGGUGGACCAGCCGCCAGCAAGUGUUCUUGAUAAAAAAGAAGGUGAACAAGCUAAAGCUCUUUUUGAAAAGGUGAAGAAAUUCAGACUACAUGUUGAAGAGGGAGAUAUCCUCUACCUGAUGUAUGUUCGUCAGACUGUGUUCAAGGUGUUUAAGUUUCUCCUGAUCAUUGCCUAUAACAGCUCUCUUGUGAAUCAAGUGCGGAACAGAGUACGCUGUGAAGUGGAGAUCCAGGACAUGACAGGCUAUAAAUACUUUCAGUGUAACCACACCAUGGCUCAUCUUUUUUCUAAACUGUCUUACUGUUAUUUGUGCUUGGUGGCUGUCUAUGGAUUAACAAGCCUUUAUACGUCCUACUGGCUGUUCUACCGUUCUCUGAAAGAGUAUUCCUUUGAGUAUGUGCGUCAAGAAACGGGGAUCAAUGACAUCCCAGAUGUCAAAAAUGACUUUGCUUUCAUGUUGCACAUGAUAGAUCAGUAUGACCCGCUGUAUUCAAAACGAUUUGCAGUUUUUCUUUCUGAGGUCAGUGAGAACAAGCUCAAACAACUCAAUCUCAACCACGAAUGGACUGCAGAGAAACUGCGUCAGAAACUCCAGAUAAAUUCAAACAACAGACUUGAACUUCAGCUCUUCAUGCUUCCUGGUUUACCCGACACUGUCUUCGAGUUGACAGAGCUACAGUCGCUUAAGCUUGAGAUUAUCAACAACGUCACCAUACCUGCCUCCAUCUCUCAGCUGGAAGGACUCCAGGAGCUGUCUCUUUACCAGUGCUCCUUGAAGCUACACACAACUGCUACUUCCUUCCUCAAGGAAAACCUGAAAGUGCUUCGUGUAAAGUUUGAUGACAACAGGGAACUUCCAAACUGGAUGUAUGGUUUGCGCAACCUAGAGGAACUGUAUCUUAUUGGAUCGCUUAGUCCUGACGCCUCCAAAAAUAUAGUUCUUGAGUCUCUGCGGGAGAUGAAAUGUCUGAAAACUCUCUAUUUCAAAAGCAACUUGACAAAGAUACCCCAGUCAAUUGUAGAUGUGUCCAGCCAUCUGCAGCGAUUGUACUUACACAGUGAUGGCACUAAGUUAGUAAUGCUCAACAACCUGAAAAAGAUGACCAAUCUGAUAGAUUUGGAGAUAGUUCAUUGUGAUCUGGAACGCAUCCCACAUGCAAUCUUCAGCUUGACAAAUCUGCAAGAGCUUGACCUGAAAGAGAAUAACCUUCGCUCCAUCGAAGAGAUCGUAAGCUUCCAGCAUCUUCGGAAGCUCACGUGUCUCAAACUUUGGCACAACGGCAUCAUGUAUAUCCCAGAGCACAUCAAAAAGCUCAGCAGUCUGGAGCGUCUCUAUUUCAGUCACAACAAGAUCGAAAUAUUGCCAUCACACCUGUUCUUGUGCCACAAGCUGCGCUACCUUGAUCUGUCUAACAAUGACAUUCGAUUCAUCCCUCCAGAAAUCGGAGUCCUUCAGAGUCUACAGUACUUCUCUGUCACUUGUAACAAACUUGAAAACCUACCAGAUGAACUUUUCUUUUGCAAAAAGCUCAAAACCUUAAAGUUGGGCAAGAACUCGCUGUCUGUACUCUCACCCAAAAUUGCUUUCCUGGCUCUUCUGACCUACCUGGAACUCAAAGGGAACCAUUUUGAGUGCCUGCCACAAGAGCUUGGUUCCUGUCGUGCUUUGAAGCGGAGUGGCCUUAUAGUGGAGGAUGCGAUGUUUGAAACGUUGCCUUCAGAUGUCAAGGACCAGAUGAAGGCUGAGUGAGACGCCUUACUGCAGCCACAGUGCCUCUUAGUUCUAUCGACUCAGAUCAUUUGUUUUGUAUGAAGUUGCUGUAAAAUUGAAGUAUUACACUACUUUCACUCUUUUUGAAGUUAGUUUAAUCUGUUGUUUUGUUUUUUACUGUUUUUUAUUGCUUUUUUUUCCAGUUUUCUAAACGUAAGAAUAUUUGCAUAUUUACCUGUGUAUGUAUUGACAUAGUGUGGCAGCUACAAGGACAUGUUUUACAGCCACAAAUCCUUCCUAGAAAAAAAUAGUUCCACAUUUUAGGAAAAAUAUGCAGCUGUGCUUCCUUGGUAGAAGUUCCAAGUAUUUUAUUUGUUUACUGAACAUUAUUCAUUUAUUACUGAAAGGGCUUGCAAAAUCUCAUAUCAAGAUAAUUUUAUUCUGUCUCUAAUUUCUUCUAAAGAAUGUUUGUCAUCUGUUGUUUAGUCUGAAAGAAUCAUUUUAUCCAUACUGCCAGUUGUUUUAGAUUAUUUUAUUGUAAUUAUACUUUCAUUGCUACAUAUAGCAUUUUGAUCACCAAAUGUAAAUCUAACUCAGAGACCUCACUUGUAGUGAGUUAGUAGAAUUGUACUGUAAUAUUUAGAUUAAUAUAAACCCCAUUUCCAUAAGAGCGGAGCAGUUUUCUCAACUGCAACACAAACUUACUUCUGUAAGUUUAACACAAAUUUACAUUAAAUGCUUAUUUAGGAUCUUUACUGACCCAGUUUAAUAUGUGCUAUGUAUAGAAAAAGAAACUAAACUAGAAUAAAAGAAAGGCAUUUAUUAAAACUCUUAAGAGACAAAUUGUGGGACAUUCAUGUUCCUUUUGAAUUGCACUUUUAAAAUGUUUAGAAAUGAAUAGCCAUUAUUUUUUUUUAAUUUUUUAAUUUUUUGAAGAAUCUUUGUGGAUUCUUUUAGUGAUGCUCCAAACAUUUUUAUGAUUUGGACAUCAUUAAAAAGCAGGUUUUUUUUUAAGAACGUACUGAAUUAUGCCGAAUGAGGUCUGGAAUUAUCCUGCUUAAAAAGCAGACUCAGAUCAAAACAUGCCUUUAUAAUAGGAUAUGUCUAAAGAUUUCAGUUUGCACAUUAUAAAUCAAGUGAGCCAGACGUGAUCACAAAUGCUUUUAUCUUUUACUGACAAGAGCAUAGAUCUGCACUUGUUUUUGACAUGUAGAACUUGAUCUGUUUACCCCCCAAAAAGCAGAAUACAAGCAGAUGAUGUGGAUUUCUCUGUCUAUUUGAUAUGGACUCAUGCUGAGGAACCUCUGCUGUGUUUCUGAGGAAAGUUAAAAUAUGACCUGUUGCUUUAAUAAUACAUGAUCUGUUACAUUUCUAAAGGUAACUGUGGACUGUGUUUAGUGUCUGGUUAUUCAAGGGACUCCUGAGUUUAUUAUGGGCAAAGAUGGAAACAGUUUCUCACAUUGUGCUGCUGAAAAGCUUAAUCCUAACAGUGAUUUUGGGCUUGAGCCACUGAGAUUUUUUAGGCCCACUGAUGACAUCCCUACAGUAUAUAUAAUUGUAUGCUGACAUUAGUUGACUGUUACGAUGAGCUGCAGUGUUGUAGAAAUAUUGCAAAUAUUACAGCACUAAUACAGCACUAAUUACAGCAAUAAUAUCAAUUUGCUCCAGAUAUGUGCUUAAAGACAACUUUGAAAAAUAAGUAUUAAAAUAAAUUUUAAAUAUUUUGCAAGGUCGCAACCCCAUCAUUGAAGACUUCUGGUGCAGCUAUUGAUAAGCAGGUUAUUGUAAUUUUGCAUUGGGUAAUAUGUCCUAUUUGAUCUAAUAAAUAAUUAUUUGACUGAGUUUGGCACAAAGUGGUGCUUGAGGAUUAAACAAACGUUUGUGGAAGGACUAUGGCCCCCCUUACAGUGACCUCAUGUAAACAAAACUUUGAUGGUCUUCGUUGAGGUGCUCAGAUGUGAUAAGAAGGCAGUGGGCUUCCCAUCAUGUUGUGUGGUUUUGAACAUGCACAUAUCUUCCCUAACAAGGUCACGGUAGGUAAUGGCAGCUGUGACAGAUAUCCACGUUAUGUAACCGAGGUUUUGGAGGAAAUAACUUGGGCCGGGCAUACUGUGGUGGUAGCCUCGUGCCAUGUAGCUGCAUCCUGACGUGGUUUGACAGCGAAGGUAUGUAGCAUGUGGUGUGGGCGCAGGAAAGUAUCUGAGUAAUGGGGAAAAUGGCAAAAAAAUCUUUUAAGGGAAUACAAAGAGUGUAGAUGAUUCAUCAUGAUUCAUGAUUGGCUUCACACGGAGGAGGUUUUCCAAAUAUUUAUGAUUCCGCCACAUUCUAACAGAUCUUGGAGAUUGGUACCGAGGGAGUCAUUCAUUAUGACGAGUGCCUUAAGCUUUGUUAUACUCUACUGAUACCGUAUAUGUCAAUCUGCUGAGUGUUGUGUCCCUCAGAAUGUUGUCAUUUGUUAUAUUCUAUCUUUUUUUUUGUCCAGUUAUUUUAAAGUAUGUUGCUGGCAUUAGAUUCAGUGUUUAUUAUUGCCUGCCGCCGUAAAAGGUAGGUGUUAAUAUAAUUGCUUGUGCCAGUGUGUCAUUGUCUAUAUGUCUGUUAGCAAAAUAUCUCAUAAACUGCUUCAUGCAUUUUCCAUGCCCAACUGAUGACUGAUUCAGGAUGGUCUCCACAGCUAAUCGACCUUAGCAGACACAUAAAUGGGUCUUAUUUAGCCAGUUUUACAACCACUGAGCUAAAACUUGAUGUGUACCUGACACACCCCAACACAUUGUUAACCUUAACAGAUGAGGUGAAAUGUUUGUUUGAAGGUUUAGCAAGGUAGACAAUUUGUUCAAAGAAUACUACUUUCAUUUUUUUUAAUCACCAGAUUUAGUCAGUGGAGACUAAAUUAUUUUCUUGAGUUUGUAACAUUAAUUUUACUGACAUGAAUAAUGUAUUUAACCAUUUAAACCAUGUUUGUUACUUCAGGUUUUGUUGUAUUUGAGAAAACUUGUCACGUUUUCUUGAAAUGGGGUUUGUACAUUAAGUUUAAGUGACUGUUAAUUCAUGCAAACUGCAUCAGGGGAAACGGGAAAAACACUAAACCAAAUAUAACUUGGCUUAACUCUGUAUUGUUGAAAGCUGGCAUUAAACUUGACAAAUGAA